GAUGUGCAGUUGAUUCUUCUUGUAACGAAUUUAUAUUGUUUAUAUUUACAGUUUGUGGAAGAUUUCGGUCGUAAGUAAUCAGCAAUCAGCAAGAAAGAAUUUAAUUUUUGCGCUCUAAGACACAUUGCCACCGGCACUCCAUUUAAAUAAUAAAAUUUUAUAUUUUUCAGCGGAAACUACUUUUGAUCAGAAAUUCGCAGCUAUGUUAGUGGAAACAUAAGACAUUCAGCUCCGCAAACCGAAACGUGUGGAAUGAUUAUGUAAAUAAUAUGUAGUAGAGUCAAUUAUUUUCUUUUCAAUGGCCUCCUCAUGUGUCAAAGAGACCACAAUUUACCACUGUGACUCAUCACCCAUAAUUGCCAAACCAUCCAAAAAGCUGAAGAUUUGCUCCAAACAUGUUUUAAAAAAUCCUUGCCAACAAAAUAAAUCACUCACGGAACAUGAAAGUCCUAUUCGGCCACAUAAGACCAGUUUAGGAUCCAAACAAGCUACAGAUAAACAACCACAUUUCAAACAGAAAUUUCAAGAACUAUGCUCUUCUUUUUCUGAUAAUGGAGCACUGAAAGAUAAUUGUGCCUUUUUAACAGAAGAAACUUCCCGUGACAACUUCUGCCAUUCAGAUUGCAAGGGAACAUUGCUCAAAGUUCAAGCAUCAAAUGUCUCUCAGACGAGCAGCUCUCUCCAAACUUUGGGCCAUGAUUCUGGUUUUCUUAAACCCUCAUUUGCCGCAGUCAAUCGCAAUUCAACUGGUGCUCAAAUGAAUUGUCAAAAAAGAGUCCCAAGCACGCAGAUGAAGGAGUCUAAGCCUGUAUUUAUUACUCAAGCUCAUUGCUUGUCGGAUAUAUCAAAUGAAAACCUCAAUAGAAAAUACUGCAUAUUCAAGAGAGAAAGUAAAUUAUCACCACGUCAUGGUAACAAGAAAGUUCUUUCGACAAGUAGUGAUAAAGAAAACCAGACCCUAAGUUCUUUUGUUAAAGAUUUGAAUACUGUGACUAACUCCAAGCCUUUUCCAAGGACUCAAAUCCUCAUCUCCAAGCCUGAAGAAUUUCAUAAUCAUCGCAAGAACCAGUUUGAUCUGCUGCAUACUUCUUUUUCACCCCUUGAGGAACCUAUUGACAAGACGACCUCAAAUACAGAGAUCAAUAAAGUUUUUUUUGAAGAAAAGAAAUCUCUGAAUAAACUUGAGUGUUCUGAGCCAGAUUUCUCACUUUCCGUCCAGCAGUCAGAGAGCUUAGAGGUGGCUGACACUGACCCUACUGUGGGAAAAUGGAAGUCUCAUUAUUUCUCCCCAACCACUGCCUUUCAUCAACUAAAUUCAACAAGAGAAUCAGCCGAAAAGUUGUCUCAUUUAAAACCAGUAUCAGAUCAUGAGAGGAUCUCCUCUUUAAUUUCAAAGAUGCCCUCUCAUGAACGAAGCAUGUGCAUGGAUUCCAUGAUCAACUUAAAUUUUGAAAAUCAGAGCACCAGUGAAAAAGGUUUCCAUGCCCUCAGUAAGGAAACUGCUAAAUUUCCUUCAAAUGAGUGUGACAUUCUCUUCUCAUCAGUUGCGGAAUGGAAACAUUUUUUUCCAUGUGACAACAGUUGUGAUGGGAAAUCGAACAGCUCUGACUCAAACAGUCCGUCUGAAUUGACAAUUGCUACCAAAACGCACAAUUUACCUGCUUCUAAGAAUUUUCGGUCAGAAGCUAACGAACAUAAUUCCUAUGUAAAUCCAAGAACCAAUUCAAACUAUGAAUCAAAAGCCUCACUCAAGAAAACCACUUGUUCGCCAAAGAUAUUUUCCAAUUUGAACCUCGUUGCUGUAAAGGAGGAAUCAAUUCAACAACCAGCAGAACAUUCCGAUAACAUUCAGCAAUGUAAACCCAAUGUAAAUUACUUGAACAUAUCGAUGAAAGAAUCCUGUUCUACUAAUUUCAAAAUUCCAUCCCAGACAGUCAAACAGUCAGAUACAGAAAACCAGGUGGCAGUGAAAAAUAUCACCAAACUAUUCAUCAUAGAUUUGCUAAGAGUAGCUCCGACUCCUCAAAGAAAUCACUAUCUGUUCAACGAUAAAAUUAUCCACCGGGUGGAUGUUUUUGGUGUUGUAACAGGAGUUCGAUUGGUGGGAGAUGAUAAAGUAAUAUAUGAAGUGGAUGAUGGAUCUGGAACUAUAAGUUGCGUUCACAGUCAAACAAGAUUAAAAGCAAAAAUACAAAAAUUGAAUUAUCUCCUAAGUUCAAAGAGAAAGGAUGAGACUUUAAACAAUGAAUCAUUGAAUCAAACGGAAAUCACCAUCACAAACAAUUCCACCGAAGAGAAAAAUUCCGAUGAGGAUACUGCCCUAAGAAAGUUCCAACUUUGUAUGGAGAAUCAUAGUGCAAGAUGUGAAGAAUUUAUUUUCCAAAUUGGUGACACAAUUCAAGCUAAGGGAGUCCUGUAUGAUUUUAAAGACACUAUAAGUUUUUAUGCCUACAACAUUCGUAAAGUAGUAAACAUAGAGGAAGAAACAGUCAGAUACUUGCAAUUGGCUGCUCUUUACCAGACUAUAUUCUCAGAAUCAAGGAUGCUUGUGAAACCCGAAGUUACAGCUAUUGAAGACACUGAUCAUUGUGAAUGAAGAAUACUUACUGGCCAUUCGUGAGCUGUUGAAGAACCAUUGAAAUGUAACGAAGACUGGAAGGGUCUGCAGGAGAAGGUUGAUUCGUGCCAAUAGACCUCCCACUGCCACCAGUAUCAUUCGCAACUAACAAAGAAAAGACUUUCAUUAUCGUCUCCAUAGUUUAAGGUGAAGUUCUCAUGAACUUUUUUUGAGAUUUUGAGAACUCAGAAGUUAAAAGAGUGACAAGUUCCUAGAUUAGUGUUAAAAGAUCAAAGUUGAAAAAUUAUAAAAAACGAAUGUCUAUGGAUUUA